CUAAGCAACUCAGUAGGACCCAAAAGUUCCAAGGCAGUUGGUAAAUGACAGUUACAGAGAAGGCAGGAGCAGAAAAAAACAUGUAGGGAAAUGAAUGAUGAACUAGGCCCAGGAGAUGCUGAAACUGUGUAAUAAAGACGUCGUAUCACCCAAAUUUGAGUGUCCAUCUGACAACUCUCCUCUCCCUCCUUACUUGCUGCCCAUUUUCAGCAUGUUGGAUAGCAGCAAUCAGCCUCAAUGGAGCCAUGAGCUUGGAGAACAGCUACAGCAGAAAGUCUCUCAGUUGCAGGAUCAACUGGAUGUUGAGAUGAAGGAGAAGAGGGAAAUCUUACUUCAGCUCUCACAAGAGAAAGCUCAAAACAAAGAUCUGGAGCUUGAACUCACCAACUUGCUUCAGAAGCAUAAACAGGAAGUAGAGGAUCUCCAAAAUAGAAGCACAUUUUCCCAAUCUCCUGACAGGCAAUCUGCACCAGCCACUCACCCAGCUCUAUUUCAAGAGACCACUCAGAUAAAGCCCUGUGAACCAAAAAAUCAGGAAGAAAAAAAACUGUCCCAGAUGUUAAGUGAGUUGCAAGUAUCGCAUGCAGAGACCACAUUGGAACUAGAAAAGACCAGAGACAUGCUUAUUCUGCAGCGCAAAAUCAACGUGUGUUAUCAGGAGGAACUGGAAGCAAUGAUGACAAAAGCUGAUAAUGAAAAUAAAGAUCACGAAGAAAAACUGGAGAGGUUGAAUAAACUCCUAGACCUCAAGAACAAGCGUAUCAAUCAGCUGGAAGGUAUUUUAAGAAGCCAUGGCCUUCCAGUAUCCGAACAGCUUAAAGACGUGGCUUAUGGCACCCGACACUUGCCAUUUUGUCUGAAGCCACUGCCAGCCCGUGAAGAUGAGGAUAAAGUGGACAUUUCUCCACGGCAUCAGGGUGAGACCCUUUUUGAACUGCACGUCCAUCAGGCUUUUCUGACCUCUGCUGCCCUGGCUCAGGCUGGAGACGCUCAACCUACCACUUUCUGCACCUAUUCCUUCUAUGACUUUGAAACCCACUGUACCCCACUAGUUGUGGGGCCACAGCCUCUCUAUGACUUCACCUCCCAGUAUGUGGUGGAGACAGACCCCCUCUUCUUGCACUACCUUCAAGGGGCUUCAGCCCAGCUUGAGCUACACCAGGCAAUAGCCAGCGAGCACCACACCCUUGCAGCUGGAUGGAUUUGCUUUGACAGGGUUCUAGAGACUGUAGAGAGAGUCCACGGCUCUGCCACACUUACUGGAACUGGUGGAGAAGUCUUUGGGGUGCUAGAGUACUGGAUGAGGCUGCGCUUCCCCAUAAGAUCCAGUCUACAAGCCUACAAUAAGCGAAAGAAAGCCCAGGCAUACUUGGCAGCCAAUGCGCUUGGAGCCUGGGAAGCCCAGGAUGAGUCCAGAUCGGGGACCUGGAAGAAUCAGAAUGAGCUGCGGGUGGAAAUCAUCCGAUGCUGUGGCCUCCAGAGCCGAUCGCUGGGAGCCCAACCCAGUCCUUACGUCAUGUAUCGCUUCUUUACCUUUUCUGACCAUGACACCCCUGUCAUUCCGGCCAGUAACAAUCCCUGCUUCAGAGACCUGGCUCGAUUCCCAGUGCUUGUGAGUUCUGACCUGGAUCAGUAUCUGAGGCGGGAGGCCCUCUCUGUGUACGUUUUUGAUGAUGAAGACCCAGAGCCUGACUUGUACCUUGGCCGAGUCCAAGUGCCCUUGCUUCCUCUUGCACAAAACAAAUCCAUUCAAGGUAAUUUUAACCUCACUAACCCUGUGGGGGAACCCAAUGGAUCUGUUCAGGUGCAACUGGAUUGGGGGUCUUGCUACCUACCCCCGGAGAGCUUCCCAAAGCCAGAAGCUCAGAGUGAGGAGGACACCAGGGAUGCUUUAGAGACGUCAGUAGAAGAAGAGGCUUCCUUUCCUCCCCAGGACCAGGUGGUAUCUCUUGAUAUUCCCACUGAAGCUGGCCAGUAUCAAGCUAAAAGAAAACCUCCUCAGGUGGGAGAAAGGAAGGAAAGGGAACACCAGGUUGCAGGCUACUCAAGAAGAAAACAUGGCAGAAAAACAGGCAUCCAAGGAAAAAACAGAAUGGAGUAUCUUAGUCAUAACCUCUUAAAUGGAAAUACACUACAGCAGGUGAAGUACGUUGAAUGGAAAUUCUCAGGGCUUAAGAUCUCCACAGAUCAUGGUUUAAAAAAUCAGCAAAAGGAAGAGGAAAUGACAUCAUCCUAUUCACAGAUACUGAAGGAAACCCCACAUCCUGUGAAUGAUAAAGAAUUCUGUGAACAAGCUUCUGAAGUCAGUGAAGCACAAAGUACAGACAGCGAUGAGAUAGUAACACCUGUAUCUCAGAAAUGUCCUAAGGCGAGUUCAGAGAAGAUGUGCGUUGAAAUCGUCUCCCUGGCCUUCUACCCAGAGGCUGAAGUGAUGUGUGAUGAGAACGUGGAACAGGUGUACGUGGAAUACAAGUUCUACGAUCUGCCCUUGUCAGAGACGGAGACUCCAGUAUCCCUGAGGAAACCGAGAGCAGGAGAAGAGAUCUACUUCCACUUCAGCAAGGUGAUAGAUCUGGACCCAGUGGAGCAAAAAGAACGGAGGCAGUUUCUGUUCACCAUGCUGAUUGGACAAGAUCCUGAGCAAGGACAUUUAAAGUUUACAGUAGUAAGUGAUCCUAUUGAGGAGGAAAAGAAAGAAUGUCAAGAAGUAGGCUACGCAUAUCUGGAACUGUGGCCAAUCCUGGUAUCAGGAAGAGACGUCCUAGAGCAAGAUCUAGACAUUGUUAGCCCUGAAGAUCAGGCCACCCCCAUAGGAAAGCUCAAGGUGUCCCUUCAAGCUGCUGCUGCCCUCCAUGCUAUUUACAAGGAGAUGACUGAAGAUUUGUUUUCAUGAUGGAACAAGUGCUAGUCCAUUCUAAACCCUGAGGGAACCAUAGUAAAAAGUCUCUUAUAAAGUAACUUGCUCUACCAUGAA